UCUCUCUCUCUUUCUCUCUCUCUCUCUCUCUCUCUGAUCUCCUCCGUGUGGACUGAUAGCGUGCUGACAGUCGCUCUGCCCGGCGCUGUGGUCACGGUGGAGAGUGUAUGUGCGCGUGCCUGUGUUGGGAGAGGCGAUGAGCGGCACGCCGCCGCUGCUGAUCUGGAGGAUGCUGGUGUGCGUGAGCCUGCUGGCGCUGCUCCUCGGAGCAGGCGCUGCUCUGCAGAUUCAGUGUUAUCAGUGUGAGGAGGUACGGAAGGACGACUGCUCUUCUCCUGAAUUCAUCGUUAACUGCACUGUUAAUGUGCAGGACAUGUGCCAGAAGGAAGUUCUCAUCAUGGAGGACGGAGAAGAACCUGUGGAGGAGAACGGAGAAGAUCCCCCGGAGAGCUCUCAGCAGUCCUACCAGUGCUGCGAAUGUGGGAAAACCUUCAGGUUCGCCUCCUUCCUGAAAGUUCACCUGAGAACUCACACUGGAGAGAAGCCCUUCCCCUGCGGGCAAUGCGGGAAGAGGUUCUCCUCGACCACUGGCCUGAGGAACCACACGUACAUACACAGCGGAGAGAAACCUCACACAUGCUCGGUGUGUCAGAUGACCUUUAGAUCCGUGCCAAACUUGAUCGCCCACCAGAGGACGCACAGUCAGGAGAAGCCGUUUAGCUGCCCGUACUGCGGCCGGGGGUUUUCCAGACCGGACAACCUUAAACUCCACAUCAAGAUUCACACCGGAGAUCGACCUUUCCCCUGUGCCCAGUGCGGCUUACGCUUCACCUGCACCCGCGUUUUAAAGCAGCACAUGUACGUCCACACUGGACCUCACCGGUGCCCUCACUGCGAGGAGAUCUUCAGCACCUUCUCCAGGCUGAAAGCCCACAGGAAGAUUCACAGCACGUCGUCCGGUCGAGUUAAGAAGUGGCUGGUUAAGGAGGAGCGUAAAGGCAUCCUGACGUGUGGACUGAAGAUGGGGGAUGUGAAGGUGGUGAAGGUGGAGGCAGGUGAAGAUGCUGAAGAUGAGAUCAAGGAGGAUGUACAGCAGGUCCUGCUGUUAGGGGAAAAUGCUGAAGAUGAAUGCGGAGAAGACGUGAAGCAGGUCCUGAUCCUGGGAGAAGAUGCAGAAGAUGGUACUGGAGAGGAUGUGAAGCAGGUCCUGGUAUGUGGAGAAGAAACUGAAGUAAAUGAAGAUGUCCUACAGGAACUGAGAGCCCAGAAAUCUCAUCAGUGUACUGAGUGUGGGAAAACCUUCAGAUACGCUUCCAUCCUGAAAGUACACCUGAGAACUCAUACGGGAGAAAAGCCUUUCAUCUGCUUGCAGUGCGGGAAAGGAUUUACCUCCAUCACAAGCCUGAAGAAUCACGCGUUCAUACACAGUGGAGAGAAACCUCACACGUGUCCGGUGUGCAAGAAGGGCUUCAGAACUGCCUCAAUUCUGAAAGGGCACCAGUUGACCCACAGUACGGAGAAGCUUUUUACGUGUUCUGACUGUGGUCGAGGUUUUUCCAGGUUGGACAGCUUGAAACUUCACACAAUGAUUCACAAGGGUGAAAGGCCUUUUGUUUGCAGCCAGUGUGGUAUGGCUUUCACUUCUGCUCGUAUUUUAAAAAAGCACACAGUCAUUCAUGCAAGACCCCACCGGUGCCCUCAAUGUGAGAAGCUCUUUGCUACUUUGUCGGAAUUAGAAGCGCACCAAAAGAUACACGCUGAUGAAAAUCCACCGACUUGUACUCACUGCGGGAAACGUUUUUGGAAAAUUAGAUACUUGAAAGCCCACAUGAGAAUUCACACAGGAGAAAAGCCAUCCUGCACUCAAUGUGGGAGAACUUUCACCACCGAUGGUGCCCUGGUUCACCACAUGAAGCUUCACGCAGGAGACAAACCCCAUCAGUGCUCUCAGUGUGGGAAGACCUUCGUAAGUAUCAAGGAAUUAAGAUUACAUCACCGGAUUCAUACCGGAGAGAAGCCUUUCAGCUGCUCCCAUUGCGACAAGAGUUUCAUCAGUGCAAGCUAUCUGAAGAGCCACAUGGACACACAUACAGACAGCAAACCUCACCAGUGCUCUGAAUGUGGGAGGAGUUUCAAACGUCCCUCAGAGUUAAAAAUGCAUGAGAGGAUUCAUACCGGAGAGAAGCCCCACGCCUGCUCAGAGUGCGGCAAGAGUUUCCGGAAAUUGUGCAACGUUAAAAUUCACAUGAGGACCCACACAGGAGAAAAGCCCUUCAUCUGCAGCGAGUGCGGGAAAAGAUCUACAACAUUAGGCCACCUAAAACUCCACAUGAGGAUGCAUUCUGGCGAGAAGCCGUACGUCUGCUCUGUGUGUGGGAAAUCUUUUACACGGUCGGCACAUCUGAAAGCGCACCGGUAUGUCCACACAGGGGAAAAACCAUACAAGUGCUCGGAGUGCGGGAUGAGCUUCGCUAAGCCGUGUAACUUAAAAACACACCAAAAAACCACACACAAAAGUCCUGAGAUCAUCAAGUCUUAGACUUAUAAAGCUCAGCCUCAACAGAGUUAUGGAAGUUAACAUCUGACCUAACUGGAGGUAAUCGACCUCUGCCAGUUGAAAUGAUCCACCACAGUCAUUGUGGUGGAGAAUAAAUAGCAUCUGUUGCCAAUUCUGGAUCUUGUGACGUCCACUAUGAUCUAGAAUAAGAUGCAAAAGUCAUUAAAAUGACUUGCUGUCAGUUUUCAUUGAGACCAUCUAAUACCACUACUGAAGGUUUUGACUAUCUAGGCAUAAGCAUUGCAAAUCCUCCCACAAUGACAGAAUUUGGGGCACAAUCUGAACAGAAUUUUGUGCACAGUCUUGAUGGAAUUUGGAGCAUAAUCGUGACGAAAUUGCUGCACUAUCUUGACGAAAUUUGAUCCGCCAACAUGAUGGAAUUCGGAGCACACUCUUGACAGAUUUUGGUGCACAGUCUGACUUAUUCAAAGGUGACUUUAAUGUGCAUCAUGAACUCUAGCUAGGAAGUACUAGCAAGUACGACUGGUUAUCAGGUCUUUCAGCUCGCAUGCUGUUGAGGCCUUGAACAGACUGUUCCUCCCAACCACAGGAGAAUAAAUCUUCAACCUUCACAUCAUGGCUUGGUGCUAGUAAAGCUUGGUCUGCCCACAUACAGAGAUAAGACAACCCUUGACAAGAAAAAUGUGGCAAUAUAAUACAGCUAGCUUCUGUAGAAUGCAUGACCUUAUCAUGUGUAAAGGCUGGCAGAAAAUCUUCUCAGCGAUACAGUGAAUAUUUGCCACUAGUCGUCGGUCAUCAGCUAGGAUGUUUAUCACUAGAAAGAUUGGCGAAAAAGUUUGGAUUAGUGAAAAGUAAAAAGGAGUUGCAUAGAAGAAGGAGCACUUUUUGCGACAGCCUGGCUAGAUGCAUGUUCAGGCUGAGAAGGACCUACAACAUUAGUCACACUAAGAAACUAAUCCCAUCCUAACACCCUAAUCAGCAAACUCGGUUGUUAGCAGGACCCUGAAACACUACAAAUCUUGAUGAUCCUUGGGCCCAGAUCAAGUUUUUAAGGAAGGCAUUGCUGAGCUUGCAAGUCUCAUGGGGCCAGAUAUGAUCAUGUGAUGAGAAUGUCUGGGGAAAACUUUUAGAAACUGUGGCCAGGAAACAUUAGCUUAUUAGGGUGGACACAAACUGACUGUGAAGGUUCUAAGCUAAUGCCUUGUGAAGAUGGCCAAACCUGCUGCAAGCCCAUGGAUCUUGCAUAACUUAGCUUGACUCAAAUGUCCCCACAAAGGAAUGGAGAACACGUUGCAUGCGGUAAUGGUGAACAUUAUCUUUUGCAAAGGAGAAACAGUUGUUAUUAAUUACUUUAGACCUUUAAAGAACAGGCUCUAAAGGAAUUUGUGGGCAUGUUUUGGAGGAGUGGGUUUAGGAUGUACCCUUGUGAGCAGGUUUAAAGCGUACCUUUGCAUGUGGAAAAGUUAAACAGUGUAUCCCUAGUUGUGUUCUCAUUACAAAACAUCUGGCCCUGAGAGAACAAUCAGACAAAUGAACAUAUGAACAAGGUUCCCAGCUGAUCCAUCCACUGCAGGUACAGAUGAUAUACACAAAAUAUGCAGAAAAACAUUGUAUUGUGACAUAAGUGAUCACAGUACUCAGGGCAAGGCAGAACCUGGGAGGCUCAAAGGCAGGCAGAACCUAGGAGGUGCAAAACAUUGCAAGGACAGAUGGAACUUUAUAAAUUUUCCCAAACCA